AUGUUAUCAAAUCUAAUAAGAUCACCAACUACAGUAAGGACUCUAGCAAAACCAGUAGCUAUUACAACUGCAAAGUUAUCUACUACCCAACUAAUAAAUAAAUCUACUUAUCGUACACCUAAUUUUGACGAUGUUUUGAAAGAAGAUAGAAAUAUGGAUAAAUCAAGAGUAUUUUCUUACUUUAUGGUUGGUUCUAUGGGUUUAUUAUCAUCCGCAGGUGCUAAAUCCACUGUAGAAACCUUUUUAUCAUCUAUGUCCGCUUCUGCUGAUGUUUUAGCUAUGGCUAAAGUUGAAGUUAGUUUAGCUAAUAUUCCAGUAGGUAAGAAUGUUGUUGUUAAAUGGCAAGGUAAACCUGUGUUUAUUAGACACAGAACUGCUCAUGAAAUUCAAGAAGCUAAUGAAGUAGAUAUGUCGUCUUUGAAAGAUCCUCAGACAGAUGCUGAUAGAGUUCAAAAUCCAGAAUGGUUAAUUAUGUUAGGUAUUUGUACUCAUUUAGGUUGUGUUCCAAUUGGUGAAUCUGGUGAUUUUGGUGGUUGGUUUUGUCCUUGCCAUGGUUCUCACUACGAUAUCUCAGGUAGAAUUAGAAAAGGCCCGGCUCCUUUGAAUUUAGAAAUCCCACAAUAUGAAUUUAGUGAAGAUAAGGUUAUUGUUGGUUAA